AUGUCUUUGGAAAGGUCCCAGGCGCAGAUGGACAGGGAGAGGCUGCGGCGGGAGUUGGAGAGCGUGCGCGCCCUUUGCAGCGAGCACACGGGCGUGUGCGAGGACGUGAUCGGGGAGCUGCGGGGAUGCGAGCAGGAGCUGAACGUGGCGCACAGAAUCAACGGGGAGCUGCAGCACAGGCUACGGCAGGUGGAAGGGGAGAGAGCACGUCUGGAGGAGGCGCACAUGGGCGCGAUACAGCUGCUCCGGCAACAGGUGGAAACCAGGACAAUCUCUCCUUACACAGGCCCCCGUGGCUCCCUGCACCUGCUCGUCACCAUGGAAGAUGUUCAGGACAUUGCCUUUGGACUUUCUGAGGGCUGGGUAAAGACCUUAGAUAUGUACCAGCUGAAGGUGGAUGAGAUGGAGCAGGCUAUCCAGGAGGACCAGGCCUGCAUGUGUGACCUCCAAAGAGAGAAGGUGGCGUACGCAGCCCAGCUGGAAAGUAUGCGAGGUCAUGUCGAAAGGCAGAGGCAGGAGCAGAGCAGACUGGAGCAACAGCUUGUCAGCAUGCAGGAAAAGUUCCACAUCGAAUGUGAGCAGUAUCAGAUGGUGAUAUGUGAACUGCAGAGAGAGAGAGAACUCAUGGCUCAGAGUCUGGAGAAGAAGAUGUCAGAACACCAGCAGCUGCUGCAACUCAGGAUGGACCUCAGCCUGGAGCUGGCUGCAUACAGGUCUCACUAA